AUGGGUGGAAGGUUUCAAUGGUUUUGGCUUCUCAUCAUGCAUUUUACAGUUAUAAUUGUGUGCAAAAUUUCAUUUCAUUUUUGGUGGGUGCCUAUCAUUGUGGAUAUUGCGGCUAUAUUUGUGUGUAAAAAAGUUUGGUUUCAAUUCUGGUAUAUACCAAGAAGAAUUGAACACCAUUUCUUCGUGCAAGGAAUCAAAGGGCCAAAAUAUAGUUUCCUGUUGGGAAAUUUGAAGGAGAUUGGAAAUUUGACGUCAAAGGCGUCAUCUCAACCAAUGCCUCUCUCCACAACAUCCUUCCAAGAGUUCUUUCCUUCUUAUGAUCAUUGGAGGAAGAUACAUGGAUCAACUCUUCUGCUAUGGUUUGGGCUUACGGCUCGUGUAACCGAAGCUGAUCCUACCCUACUCAAGGACAUUUUCAUUACAAAGUCUGAAUAUUUUGAGAAAAUCGACUCACCUUUUCUUCUCAAAAAGCUUGAAGGUGAUGGCCUUUUAAAUCUAAAAGGGAUCAAAUGGGCUCACCACAGAAAGGUUAUUUCACCAGCCUUCUACCUAGAAAAUCUUAAGCUAAUGGUACCGUUAAUUGGGGUUAGUAUGGAGAAAAUGUUGAAGCAAUGGUUGAAAUUAAUGUCAUCAUCGGAAGAUGAUGGCAGCAAAGUGGAGAUUGACGUUUCAGAAUGGUUCCAAAACAUAGCCGAAGAGGUCAUGGCUCGAGCUGCCUUUGGGAUUAGCUAUGAAGAAGAGGGGAGAGCCAUUUACAAACUUCAAGCUCAACAGAUGGCUUAUGCCGCUAAAGCUUUUGAAAAAAUAUUCACUCCUGGUUACAGGUUUUUGCCCACUGAAACAAACAGAAACUGUUGGAGAUUGGAAAAGGAAAUCAGAGAAUCGAUAACGAAGUUGAUAGACAAACGAAGGAAUACAAAAUAUUCCAGCCCUAUAAAAAUGUAUUCACCCGUAUCAUCACGUCCAAAUGAUUUGUUGGACUUCAUGAUUUCUGGUUUUAAUAAGGAAAACGCCGGAAUAACGAAUCCGCCGCUCCCUCCGCCGCCGUUAUGA